AAUUACCAGCCGUGAAGACUCAUCUUUGCGUUCCAGAAAGUUCGAUAUAAAUUUGCAAAAUCGUUAUUAUAAAGGCGGUAAAUUCAACGAAGGUAGCUCAGAGUAGUGGUUUCUAUCACGUGCUUGUGGUCUCCGCUGUCGUUCGACUUUAUUAGGAGUGCGCGCAUCAGAAACAAAGACAUAACACGAGAUAUUUCACCAACAUGAACCGACUUCAGAACCUUCCCAAGGUCAUGCAGCAUACGGCACAAGCGUUUCAAAAUAGUUUUGAUGAUGCUUUUCACGGAAAGACUUGUUCAGACGCUCUGUGUGUUCUGCCACAAUGCGUGAACUUUAAGCUUCAAACAAGGCAUAUCAAUGCACCUCAAAAAGACAAACAAUGCAACGUCGACGGCAGGGACAUAGCUUCUUCGGAGACAGCCGUUAACACCCGGCAGAAUAAUAAUGGAGGCAAGCUGAUGUCCCUUAAUCGAGCCAUUCUGGACCACGAUGCAGAAAAACAGCUGUUGGAUGACAUAGAGGAGUUUGAGAGGAUUCUUGAGGGACAGAAGGUUGACUUAGGACCUCAGCCUAAUUUUAGAAAUCGUUUUGAGAUUGAUCAGCAAAACUCUUCGCCACCUUAUGCCGCGAGAGAGGAUUGUCAGAUUCCUACACAGACAAACUCAUUCCCUCCUUAUAUCUCUAGGGACGAUCUUCAGUUUCCUCGACAGAUAUCAAGUGAGAAGGCGAGAAAACACCAACCAGACCCCCCCGAGUACGACGACUUAUUUAAGAGGGGAGGAGCUACUUUCAAAGAGCCUUGUGAUCUUAUACACAGUACAGAAUCCGAUGAAAACCCUCUCUUUUUUAGUUACUAUGAGCAGUUCAUGUCAACAGAUGAAUUUGCUGUUCCUCAGAAAACUUCCCAAGGUGGGCACACUGCUAAACGCACACGGACAGAUUUCGCGACGACUCUAUCGACUACCAACGUGGAGAAGACUUCUUGCCACAUCCCAGGCACCACAGAGCAACUUCUUGGCAUGCAGCGUGAACCAGCCCGGAAAGUAUUUGGAGUACUUUCACAGAUAAUGCAUUUGUUCGAAAAACCCAUGUCUGCAGAAGUUGAAGCCUUUUUCGUCCAUGUCCUUCAAAAGGCACUCAGAGAUAUACGAAAAGCAGUCACGCGAGAUAGUAUUAAGUUUGCCUAUUUUGACCCGUUACCAGUUUGUAAGCACUAAAAACUUGCAAAUGAAUCGGGGUAUGUAAAAUGCAUCAAUGCAUCAGUUCAGGUCACGUGAUCAGGGUCUCGUGUUUUUAGGGUAUCCUUUAUCCUGUUCAGGAAAAGUCAAUGUCGUUAAUCAAUUGACUCACAUCGAGAGGAGGGGAGAGAAAGUGUAGGAUGAGCUGUAACCCCCUUCCCCCGGCGAACAAAAAUGUAAGGGGCUGGGAAAGGUCCUGUAUACAGUUUCGAUGCGGCAGGAAUUGCAGGACGUAUCAAAUUGAUUGUAUAUGACUGGUGGUAGAAAACGGAAACUGCGACAACGACGACCUUUUGUUUGCUUCAAAUAAAGCUUUAUUGUAGGUCAGGUUAGGUUUACGUCGUGACAAAGUGGAAAUUAUCUAGGCUUUAGUGAGCAGGUUAUGUUCUUUCUUGCUUAGAUUUUUUUUAGCUUAAAUCUUUCGACUGUAGGGAGGUAAGCCAACUGGUAAAGCUGACGGUAUAACUUUCGAACUCUCGCGAAUGGUUAGCUGCCGGCGAGCACGAUGGCCGCGUUUCUUCUAGCUCCGAGAGCAUAUAGACUAUAUUUGAUUUUUUUCUAUUUUUUCUGUAGCUUAAGGGGCACAAUAUUAGUUUAAAUCUAGACGAGUCCCUCUCUUCUCCUUAGGUGGUGUAGUUUUGUACUGUAAGUUUUCUUUCAUUGAAAUUUUUAUACUUUUUACUUACUUUCUCACCUUGUAUCUAAUUCUGUAUUAUCAUUUGCUAAGUUUUGGAGAA